UAAUUUUGAUAAAAAACAGUGUGAUAUUUAUUUUCCUUCCCAAAUUAUACUAACAAACAUAUCGAUCUAAAACCCGUGCGGCCUGCGAUAAUCGAUUUGUUGUUUGGAUCUGUGAAUUUGGCAAAGAUGGUUACAAAAACAGAGGAAUCUCAACUGAAGAAUCUAGAAAUUCAGGUCGAUAAUGGUGGCGGAGGAGCAUGGGAGUAUCUUUCACUCAUCAGAAAGCUUAAGGUUCGCCGUUCUGAUAAAGUUCUCAAGCACGGUUUGUCAAUUUUGAAUGACUCCAAACUCCGAUCCAAUCUCGGUCCUGAAGAAUGGACUUUGUAUGAGCAAGUUGCAGUUGCAGCUAUGGAUUGUCAAAGUCUUGAUGUUGCUCAGGACUGUACAAAGGCUCUUCGGAAGAGGUUCCCAGAGAGCAAAAGAGUUGGCAGGCUGGAGGCAAUGUUGCUUGAAGCAAAAGGUUCGUGGGACAUGGCAGAAAAGGCUUACACAAGCCUUUUAGAGGAUAAUCCUCUUGAUCAGAUCAUCCAUAAGAGGAGGGUGGCUAUGGCAAAGGCACAGGGCAAUAUUUCUGGGGCUAUUGAAUGGCUUAAUAAAUAUCUGGAAAUAUUCAUGGCAGAUCACGAUGCAUGGAGGGAACUGGCUGAAAUAUACUUAUCCCUGCAAAUGUAUAAACAAGCAGCAUUUUGCUAUGAAGAAGUGAUAUUAGCUCAACCAACUGUUCCUCUCUAUCACUUGGCUUAUGCUGAUGUACUUUAUACACUUGGCGGAUUAGAAAACGUCCAAACUGCCAAGAAAUACUAUGCAUCUACUAUUGACUUAACUGGAGGCAAGAAUACCAGAGCACUCUUUGGUAUAUGCUUGUGCACUUCUGCUAUUGCACAACUUACAAAAGGGAAGAACAAGGAAGAUAAAGAAGGAUCACAGUUACAAUCUCUAGCGGCCAAAGCGUUGGAGAAGGAGUACAAGCAGAGAGCUCCUGACAAGCUUCCUCAACUUACAACUGCCUUGAAGAGUUUAACAUUAUCGUCAUGAUGCAGCAUUUCUUAAAUAUAUUGUUGUUAUUUAACCAACUUUUUGGCACUUUAUUAGAUCAAUAUACUAGCAUGAAUCAGCAUAUUUAGAAUUCCUCAUUUAUUUUCUUUUCAAUAUUAAAAUGAGAAUUCAUUUUGUUCUGCAUUUUUACCUUCCGUAAUAAAUAUUAAUCUAAAGACAUGUGAAGUUUUUGAUGGCGUUGUAGCUCUAAAAUAUUGUGACAAAACAGAGUGAUCAGGUAUAAUUUGUUUUUGA